AUGCCUCGUGAACAAGUCGAGUGGUAUGCAAAACAAUCAUCGCACGAUGAUAAUAAAAAAACGUAUACACGUCAAUAUUGUACUUACUGUUCAGUUGUUAAUAUUAAUAAAAGCAACAAUCCGUAUGGAAGUUCAUUUGAACAAGAACAAACAUGGACAUUAGGUCGAUCAAUAUCAAAAAAUAAUAAACGGUAUCAAACAUCGAUUGAAAAUAUACAUUUAACGAUGCCGUCGGUAUCGACUAUUGUAAAACCAUAUUCAUCGAAUUUAAAUUAUGAUGAUGAAAAACUGAAAUUCGCCGAUCGAUCAAUUUCAUUAUUACCACCACUUCCACCAUCGCGACAACAUGGGUUAUCAAUUCAUCGUUCGAAUCGUACUAAUCUAGAUGUCAAAGUAAACCAACAACAAAAUUCAAAAGCAAAAUCAACUGUAAGAAAAUCUCAACCUAUAACUAAUUUAAUGCGUAUUAUGCAUGUUAAUGGAGAAUUUAUCGUGCGCAUUUGA